AUGUCUGAACCGUGGACUACUCCCAUUGCUGUUGCAACUGCCUUUUCCUUUAUCGGCUGCGUCUUUGUAGGUGUUCCGCUGUAUUGGCAUUUGGAAGCGUGGAAUGUGGGGUGUAUUGUGUACAUCUUUUGGAGCGGCUCACAAUGCCUCAUUCAAUUCAUCAACAUGAUCAUCUGGAGGGACAACGUCAUCAACUGGGCUCCGGUUUGGUGUGACAUCACUUCUCGAUGGCGCUUGGCUUCGAGUAUUGGAGUAUGUACUGCUUCGCUCAUCAUCAACCGUCGUCUCUACAAGAUUGCGAGCGUAUCUGCCGUGUCCAACCAAGCAGAUCGGCGACGCAUCAUAGCUGUCGAUCUGGCAAUUGGGAUUAUCCCAUCCAUUGUAGUGGUUGCGCUAUUCUGGUUUAUUCAAGGGCACCGCUUCGACAUCUAUGAAGGUUAUGGAUGCGCUCCCGAGUUCCCCAACACUAUCCUGUCGUAUUUCCUAUACACGGCAUGGCCGGUUGUAAUUGGUCUCAUCUCGAUGACGUAUUGCUCCAUGACACUCUACGCAUUCUACAAGAGACGCAAACAUCUUGCGGAACUCAUGUCUUCCAACAAGAAUCUGACAUAUAACCGAUACCUUCGUCUGAUGGGACUCGCUUCUAUCGAGAUGUUGUGCACUCUUCCUUUGGGCGCGUGGGUUAUGGCGUCCAAUGCCAGGAACCCGCUGUACGUCUGGUACGGUUUGGGCAAUCUGCACUAUGACUUCUCUCGCGUCGACCAAUACCCGGCUAUUUUGUGGUGGAACGUCCCUCAAAUGCGCAGUGCAAUCCUCUUUAAUAUUUGGGAUAUCAUUUCCUGCACUUUCGUCUUCUUCGCUUUCUUCGGCUGCGCCGAGGAGGCAAGAAGGCACUAUCAGUCCGCAAUUACAUCCGUUGCGAAGCGGAUUGGCAUUUCCACCAGCUUCUUGUCUCGCUCUGGUUCUGGUGCCACCGGCUCAUUUGGGUAUGCGGGCGGCUCAAAACCUACGCCCAGUGCUCUCGGUCGGAUCACCAUCCCCACGUUCUCACCGCGCAAGAGGCGAGACUCGGAUACUUCAUUCUCCGACAGGCUGUCGACGUCUAUCUCACUCGAGGACACUCCCAUCGACGAUCGCAAGUUGGCACCCUACUCUCCUUCGCAGCGUUCGGCCGGCUCGAGCACAUUUAUCCCGUCGCCAUGCUCACCGAAGUUUGCGGACGAGAAAUACGAGUCGUUCGUGCUUCCCGCUUCUCCACCUCCUGUCCAUGACACGGCUGCUCUCGCGCGACUCACUCCCGACGUCCCCUCACCGGUGCGCCGCGACUCCAUGGAAGACAUUGUCUGA